AUGCCCAGAGGAAUGAAAUUUUUUAGUAUAUACCACAGUGUCUCUAGCGAAAGCGCUGGCCAUUUUGCCACUUUCUCUUGUGCCAAUACUCGUAUUCCAGUUGCAAUUGCUCAAGACUGCAAAAGUGUGGAGGAAACCAUCAUCGUAUCUACAGCCGAAGACCUGGACAUCUUUCACGACGGCUGCACAACGAUCACCGGCAACAUCGAGAUUUCCGCCAGCUACAAAGACGACUUUAUUCUUGAAGGAGUAACUGAUUUCGUCGGUAAUAUUUCCAUUGCGGAGUCCGCAAAUUCCGGUACCCUCGGUGUAUUCACGGUUCCCGAUCUCGUAAAUGCGGGCAGUAUCAUCCUACAUCAAGCUACAGAAAUCAAUCUGCCCAAGCUUGAACGUGCGGACAAUAUACUUCUCGACCCAUGGAUUUCCGGGGAGGUUGAUCUCCAAAGCUUGCGUGAAGUCAAUAAUCUGUGGAUAUUUGGCGGUUGGAGGAGCGUUGAUCUCUCCAGCCUAGAGACAGUCCAAGGGACGCUGGAGUUUUCGCAUCCCAAGAGCGAUUCCAUUUUCGCGGCUGAUGAGGUCUCAUUGGAAAUUAAUCUUCCGGCUCUCAAGACAGCGAAGACACUGGAUGUCGGGGGAUAUGCGGCAAGCUUUUCAGCGCCGGAGCUCGAGGCCCUGGGUGACCCAGCCACCGAAUACUCCGAAAGUCUCGUUGUUUCCGUCCAAAAUCGUAUCGAGCUUGAAUUCCCAAAGCUACAUACCCUCGUUGGUGGGACAACGACGAUCCUUAAUAAUAUUACCCGGAUAAGUUUUCCGGCCCUCGCCGAAACCAACGAAAUAUUCGAGUUUAACACGGGCAACCCGGUAGAGAUAUACUCGACAAUUGAGACAGCCGCUCAGUUUCGGUUGUGGGGUAAAAUAAAGAGCAUUGAACUGCCGAAUAUGGUUGAUCUGGGUAUAGUCAGCUUUGCCUAUGAAAUACGCCCCUGCAACGAGACACUCGUUAAGCUCUGGGAGGCGGUUCCUAACCACGGCCCACCAGGACACGAGACCUACUGGGAUUGGAGGUGUUGGCGGGAGGAUCUCCCAGAGACUACUCACAAUACACCAUUUGCUAAUAACACUAAUGAUGACGAUGAACCCGCCGGUGUGGAUCAAGACCUUACCGAAACAACUACACUUCCUGAGUCUGAGUCGGGGUUGGGAUCGGGGUCGGGCGAGGAAACAACAAAUGUUCCAGACGCUGAAGAGUCUCCUGGGGAUAUCGGGUUGUCCCUGAUUCCGCCUAGGCUGUGUGGGCUUGCAAUCCUGCUUGUGACUCUGGUUGUUGUUCUUGCUUAG